AAAAGGAAACAGUGGUCAAAAGCUUUUGUGUUCCGGGAAGUCUUUCUCCAAGUAUUGCUGACACAGAUUAUUUAUUGAAAAAUAAGGUUGUUGUGAAGGGGGAGAAAUCAUGAGCAGAGCAUCCAACCCUGAAUACUAGCCUCCUCCACUGUAUAAAUGCCCAAACACACUGCCCAUCAAGACACAACUUUCUGCUGCCUGCUGAACCCUUUGAGUCCUUCAGGCUCUCUUUCAGGAUGUUAGGUCUUCAUGUAGGCACCUUGAUCUCCCUGUUUCUGUGCAUUCUCCUGGAACCCAUUGAGGGGUCUCUCAUGCAGCCCUGUCAGCCCAUCAACCAGACUGUGUCUCUGGAGAAGGAAGGCUGCCCAACGUGCUUAGUCAUUCAAACCCCUAUCUGCAGUGGCCACUGUGUCACCAAGGAGCCGGUUUUCAAGAGCCCAUUUUCCACCGUGUACCAGCAUGUGUGCACCUACCGGGACGUCCGCUAUGAAAUGAUCCGCCUACCUGACUGUCCCCCGUGGGUGGACCCUCAUGUCACCUACCCUGUGGCUCUGAGCUGUGACUGCAGCCUCUGUAACAUGGACACUUCUGACUGUACCAUCGAGAGCCUGCAGCCAGACUUCUGCAUUACCCAAAGAGUACUAACGGAUGGUGACAUGUGGUGACAUGUCAGCCAACAUGCCUGCCUAUGUAAUGACAUGUUAUAUUACACCCGCCCAUGUAAUGACAUGUAGGCCCAAUGUAUGGUGAACUCAAACUUCAUAGGUACUACAGACAUGGGCUUGUAGGUUGUAUGUGAAUGUACUUGUACUCAUUUUGGGAUCUGAAUAAACUGGCUCCAACUCUGA